AUGUCGUCGCAACAACCCGCUGCGGAUCCCAAUGCCGUGCCAGACACACAUCUAGGGCUGACAGAAGACCAAAUCGAGCUCCUGCGGCAUGGACAGCAAGCAGUGGCGGCGGCCGGGGGCGCGGGCUCGACGUCAUCCCGCGCCGCGAGCCGCGCUUCGUCCCAGGGGAUGCUGAUGAUGGACAGUUCGUCGCUCAGUGCUCUCGGCCGCCAUUUUGACCGGGUCAUGCAGUCGAUCCAGGAGCGGCUCGAGUACCUGAUGGAGCAGUCCCAAAUCGUGACGCUCAGCGUCUACGACCGCGCCGGCAACCUCAUCGACAAUGCCGACGCCGAGAUUGCACGCUACCACGAAAUCAUGGCGCAGAUCGACGAGCUCGAGCUGGACUUCGACCGUAUCGCCGGAAUUCGCGAGAUCGUCCGGGGCUUUCGCCAGAGGGCCGAAGAGCUGGAGCGCGAGCUGGAACGCGCCGGCGGUGGCAGCUCAUCGAGGCGACACGGCCAAUCGUCGCGCCGGAGCCAUGGGCAUUCGAGUAGCUCUGGGAAACGCCGUGGUUGA